GCUCCUGCGAAGAGGGUUCUUUGCCAGUUUGCAGUCGGUGGAAGGAGGCUGAAGGGAGCGGAUGGGUCUCUUUCUGCUCUUGGGGGCGGCUGCCUUCCUCCUGCAGGGACCCUCCGGGGGAUCUUCCUCGCACACCCUCUACUAUUUCCGCACGUACAUCUCGGAGGCCAUCGCGGGGCUGCCGCGGUACGUGGAAGUGGGCUACCUGGAUGGGCAGCCCAUUGAACGCUACGACAAUGUCGUGGGAAAGAUGCGGGCCCUGGUUCCCUGGAUGAACCAGAGUGUGGGCUUAGUAGAAAAAUACUGGGACAUUCAGUCCACCCUGGCAAACCUGAACGACGAGGGAUUUGGACAUUUCCUGGUGGUUUUGGAGAGAUACUACAGUAGCUCCGGGGAUGGUAGCAGUGGAAAAGGCACCUGUUUCGCCACCGAGUACCAGUGUAAAGACGGGGGCUGCGUUCUGUGGGGUUACAUCUGUGACUGGAGCCAUGAUUGCAAAGACGGCAGUGAUGAAAGUCCCUCUCUCUGCAAUGUCAAGGGGUUUCACACCUUGCAGUGCAUCGACGGCUGUGAGUUAAGUGAUGAUGGGACAGAGAAUAUAUAUCACCGGGAGGCUUAUGAUGGAAAAGAGACAGACGAGUGGGAAGGUGUCUGGGAUACAUACAGGCAUAGGAAAGUCUUCUGGGGUCGGACCUGUAUCGGAUGGCUGCGGAGACAUCUGGAGUCCCAAAAAGCGACUCCUCCUCCUGCUCCAGAGCCCCCAAAGGUGCUGGUGAUAGAGAAGUCAGUCAACAGUACCCUAGAAACUCUUGUCUGUAAAGUGGACGGCUUCUUUCCCAAGGAUAUAAGGGCAGUUUGGCUAAAGGAUGGGGAAAUGGUGGAAGAUGAACUGCACCACGUUAAUGUCGUUCCCAACGCAGACGGAACCUACCAGGCCAAGAUUGAGAUCCAGGUGGACCCCAGGGAAGCUGAGCACUAUGAGUGCCACGUGGACCAUGCUGCUUUGCGGGAACCUCUUCACAUAGUCUCGAGGUGGUCUGGACCAGUGUGGCCCAUUGUCGGAAGCGUCGUGGGGGCCAUUGCUUUGGGUCUUCUGGUGGUGGCUGGGCUAGUCUUCUACAUCAACAAACCCAGUGUGGUGCCUUCUGAGCAGCCUGCAAAUCAAAUGUCAAGCGAGUGACGCCUCCCUCUUGAAAAUCUGAUUUCAGCAGAACAAUCGUGGAAGGAAUGGAGGAAAUCCACAGAUUUGGUUCAAGAACAGGAAGGAGGGAGAGAAAAGAAAUACUUGACCUGUUCUUGAAAUGGAGGGAAUAUGAGCAGUGGAUUCCUUUUAGGACCUGUGUUGGGACUUAUGCUUCACUGACUGGAGUUAAGAGCAAUCUGCCAGGUGGGCAGAGUUGUGGAUGACACCCAGUUCUUUUGGGUUCUUUAAACAAAAACCAAUCUACAUGCACCCUGAAAGGAUCUCAUCCAAACCAGGGGAACGGACAUUAAAAUAGUUGGUGAAAUUCAUUGUCAAUGAGUGUUUAAAGUGAUAUACACUGGGCAAAGAAUACCAACUUCAUCUCUACCCUGAUGGGACUCAUUGGCCAAGAAAGUGAUUGUGAGAGCAUGAUAUAAAUGUUGACCCAAACUUGCAGCUCUUAUGAAAAAAGGCAAAUUCCAACUUUGUGCAUAAUUAGAAAAGAAUUUGAAAAUAAAACUCAGACUCUUGCAGUGCCAUUUGUAAAUCCACGAAGCAACCACACUUGCAAUCCUGAAUACUGUUCUGGCUGGGAAAAUCAUUAUUCACCAUAUGUGUUCAUUCCCAGCUAUGCACAGUGCUGCUUCUGAGGACUUUUGGGGAUACUUGCUGGUUCAUGUCACACACAGCCUCUUCGUGGAUUGACCCUGAAGCAGAACUAGAGAAUCACACAGAAAGAGACACGCACACAAUGAGCAAAAACUGCAGUUUUUCCAGAAGAAAGCAUUAAAAUCCAAUUCACUUGUGUUAUAACCCUUGGGUUGCUUGUAAAAAAAAAAUCUGGUUUCCUCUUGAGAGCCGCAAAUGUGUGUGCCAGGUGUGGUUUAGAGCUGGUGCUAAAUUGCUUUUUCUAACCUGUGUAAAUUAUAAAGCCUCUGUUUUUAUCAAUAAAGUUGUUCCGCUUGAUUCAAAUGGCUUGGCUGUGCUGUUCUUGAGAAAGGAGGGAUCUCUUUGGCCAAAGAUAAUUCUUCCUUUCCCGUUGAUUCAGGGUCCAUCUGCAAUCUGUUUUGAACUCAGAGUUCUGUGUGGAAGGUCUGAUAUUUCAGAUAUUGCCUCCCAAUAUGACAUUUUAGAAGACUCCUUUGCUCCAAGAAAUCAAUAGCAAAUGUUCACUCCAGUCCAAGAAGCUGCAAGUAAAUUUUAGUUACAACUUAACUCAGCAGCUCUGCAGAGAUCUGACAGAGCCUUCCCAGAGUAAGAGAAAGCUGCCUUGAGAUCUGUAUUUUCCCUUCUUUUUUCCAAAGUUCUGUCCAGCUCUUCUUUAAAAACACAGUAAUUGUAAUAUCUGUCCCCCCCUUGCAGAACUGUAAAAGCUGUGGUUCCCAGUUAGCACAAGAAGAUGAACUUUUAGCCCUGAAAAAGAGGACAUGCCCAA